CCUGAGCAAUUUUUCACCCCAACCAUCCACAAGAAAAGAGUGAAAAUGCAUCAAUCAUAUGCAAACUUGAAAAUGGGCCCCUCGCCAACAACCAGCUUUUGAUGCUCUUGUGCAAUUGAAGUGGUUUUGUCAAGAAGCAAAAAUCCAGUACUGGUUACCUGGACCUGUUUAACAAAUGAAACAAAUGCAAUCUUGUUUGAUGGUUUCUUUCUCAUGAGGAGGAUGAGCUAGCUUCCAGAGAUAGCUCAAGCUUUUGACUGUAUGGAAGGCAACAUAUGACCUCGUCUGGUCUUUGAUUCUUGGGAGUCCAGAAUGACUGCUGAAAUUCAAUUUCACAAGGCAGGAGUUUUGAAGCUGUGAGCUCCUGCAUUCAGUGAUUCAGAGUUCAGUUUCAUAUACAAAGGGGCUUACAUUACAUUUACAGUUCCAGAAGAAGGAAAACUAUGGCAUCAAGAACAAGAAAGCCUCUCCACAACCUUGCUGAAACAAUUCAUUCCCUGCUAGGACAAAAGUCGCAUCUUACUUCCAGUUGGGUUAAAUCUGUUUGUCAUAUAAUAAUAAACCUACCUUCUGAAGAGCAAUCAACCGACUUAAGAACCACAAAUAUAGAGACAGUGAGUGCUUCAGAGAAUCCUGAUGAUGAAUUAGGCAAUCGUACCUCAAAGAUUACAGAUGAACUUGCUAUCUUGACUGCCCGGAUAAAUGAAUUGAACAGACAGCGAAAGCAGUUUCUAAAUGAAUUUCUGGAUUUGAAAGGUAAUAUUCGAGUAUUUUGUCGUAUAAGACCCAUUGAAAUGGGGGAGAACUUUGGCCGUUUUAGAAGUGUUGUAGCUUUGGAUUCAAGUAAUGUUUUUCUAAGAUUUUCGGAUAAUAAGAAUAAAAGUUACAGUUUUGACAAGGUUUUCCACCAUGGCUCAUCGCAAGAUGAAGUCUUUUCAGAAGUUGAACCGGUUAUCAAAUCAGCACUGGAUGGCUAUAACGCUUGCAUCUUUGCAUAUGGACAGACAGGGACAGGGAAAACCUUCACCAUGGAAGGAAUUCCAGAAGAUCCUGGAAUGGUGCCCCGUGCAAUUGAAGCACUGUUUAAGCAAGCCACGGAUAGCAACCAUGUGUAUCUCUUUAGUUUCAGUAUGCUUGAGAUUUACAUGGGAAAUCUGAGAGACCUGCUAAUCUCUCAACCAACAAAGCCAAUGGAUCCAAUGCCAUGCCUCUCAAUCCACACAGAUCCAAAGGGUGAGAUUGAAAUUGAAAACCUUGUGGCUAUUCGAGUGAGUGGCUUGACCCAAGCUAUAAAACUAUACAGAUUAGGGUGCCGGUUCAGGUCAACUGCAUCGACAAACUGUAACAUUACCUCCAGCAGAUCCCACUGCUUGAUUCGCAUAUCAAUCACAUGUAGUGGAGCACCUGAGAGGCGAAGGGAAACAAAUAAAGUUUGGUUUGUUGAUCUAGGGGGAAGUGAGCGUUUGCUGAAGACAAAGGCAUCCGGGAGAAGACUAGAAGAAGGAAAAGCCAUUAACUUGUCCCUUUCCUCUCUGGGAGAUGUCAUCAAUGCCCUUCAACUCAGAAAGGGUCAUGUACCUUAUAGGAACAGCAAGCUGACACAAGUUCUUAAAGACUCCCUUGGAAGGGACUCAAAAACUCUGAUGCUUGUCCAUGUAAGUCCUAAAGAAGAAGAUCUCUGUGAAACAGUAUGUUCUUUGAACUUUGCAACAAGAGCGGGAACUAUCCAUCUGGGGAAUACAGACUCGACUGAACAAAGGGAGAAGGAAGUUGCAAUGAUGAAUCUGCAAGAAAUGAUGAACAAGAUUGAAGUUGAGCGCCAGGAUGUUAGGAUGAGAAUCAAGCAGUCAACUCAGGAACUUCAAAUUCUAAGGAGUACAGCUGCCUGUUCCACUGAGCAACUGGAUAACUCAGUGGAUGCUUACCAGUUAAUGAAUGAAGUGCCCCAACCUAAUCUUGAAACAAACAGGAACAAUACUGCAUAUAUCUCAGCACCUCCCUUAUCCCAGGUACCAAGGUUUAUGAGACCUACUGUUUGCAGCAGAAGAAAAUCUGGAUCAGACCACCUCCUAACUACUGAAGAGAAACUGGAAUUCCCUGCAAGAAGGAGAAGACCAUUCAAUCAUUAUGCUAAAUCCGUGAAUUUCCCUGUAAAGGGUAUUUCGGGAAACAAUUCAGAGGAAGGCAGUAUUUCCAGAAAUAGCUGUUUAGUGCCUUUGACUGUGAACAAAAGUGCAGAUGUUGAGACAAAUUACAGUCAAGAUCUAUCAGAAUGUGAUAUUAAAGAGGUUGUUUCCCCAGACCAGGUAACAUCACCAAAAUGCUUGAAUCAGCACAGAUAUCACGUCGUUCAUGGUGAGGGAAGUGAAAAUGGAGAUAAAAGUAAUGCUUGCUCUGGAAAACAUUUGAAGGUCAAUAAGUGGCUAUGCCAGAAGAAUGCGCCUGCUAGCCGGAGUCAUGUUUAUAGGAACAAACGAGUUCUAGCUAUUCCUACCCCAGAGAAGAAACUAAUGUGUAAAGGACAAAAAGAAACAGAAAAAUUCCCGAAUGAGAAAGUCAAUAAUUACAAGCUUGCUGUGGAACAGAUUGUCAACCACAACAAAUCGGGGAAACAUGUGGAUGUGGAGGGUUCUCAAAUGUUCAUGCAAGAAGUGAUUAUUAGCAAACCUCCCGCUAAUAUGAACGUCAAUGACAAUAUUGACCCAAAAUGUCACUCUGAUUCUUUAUCGGAUGGAAUAGUUAAAGAGCCAAUGAUAAAUGUACAACACAAACUAGAUGACGAGCUGACAGAGAAACACAUGCUCAGCAGUAUCUAUCCACCUGAUAUUUGGUGCUGCAAUUUCAAUUCAACUCAAGAUGAUAAUGGAGUCAACUGUUUAUCCACAAUGCAGGCAGUAUAUGGUGAAACAGAAUGCUCAGACAGUUCCUUGUCUAACAGCAGCAAUUGGUGUCAAAUUUUAGCUGAUAGUAUUUGGGACGCAAGACAAGAUUCUAAUAUCUCAAUUUCAAGAAUUGAACAAAAGUCAGGCUGCCAACGGUUGCCCAUCGUAAUAGGUGUGGAUGAUAGUGAAAAGGAAGACUUGGAAAAAUUAUCUCAGAGCUCUGGAGAAGGUACAUGCCUACAAAAAGUGAGAUCUCAAAGAGCUUUAUUAAUGAAAAAUGUAAUUCUAGAGGAACCAGUCAAGCCACAACAACUGACAAGAUCUCAAGACAAGAAUGUGCACUUAGGAAUAUGCCAUCUUCUUCAACAGAAAAUUCAGAUAUUAUGGGCCGGUGCUCUUCUAGGAUUAGGAUUUCAAAACUUGGGACUUGAGCAGGAAUUCUUCCUUGGUUUAAUGCUCUAAAGCAGGUACAGUAGGGGAAUUUAAUCAAAAUUCUGAUGAUCCUGUCCAGUCGCUAGGUGUAAAAAAUCAAUGAAAUAAAGUGACAUUCAUUUGAAAAAUGUGCAAAUCAUAUCAGUUUGAUUAAACCAGGUUGUUCCUUUGAUGAGAAA